UAUGACGUCAGUAGUGCGCGCCGAGCCACAUGUGAAUGAGAGCUGAGAGUUGUGUAACGUUCAUUAAUCCGGGUUUAACUUUGUAGCGGUGUAAACUGAGAUAUGUUCAUGGACAGGAACAUUGAGUAAUACUGGAGAAAGGCUGUGUCAUGGCAAGCAAAGCAGAUGUUGAAAUGGAGCAAGACACAAACAGGGCAGCUGACGAUGAGGAGCUGAACACGUCCGAGGAAGAAGAGGAGGAUGGACUUGAACAAACUGAAGUAGAAGACGCUAACCAGGAGAAGGGUGAUGAUGAUGAUGAGGAGGAGGAGGAAGAGGAUGUCAGUGAAGGCAAGAAAACAAAGGGCAAGAAGUGUGUCCCGGGUAUAGUGUACCUGGGCCACAUUCCACCAAGAAUAAGGCCCAAACAUGUGCGCAACAUGCUGGCGCUGUACGGAGAAAUCGGACGGGUUUUCCUUCAGUCUGAAGAUCGCUCUAUUAAGAGAAAGAAGAGGAAAGCGGGCAGUAACGGCUCGAGGUACGUGGAAGGCUGGGUGGAGUUCAGAGACAAGCGCGUGGCUAAGAGAGUGGCAGCGUCUCUGCACAGCACACCCAUGACCAACCGCAAGAGGAGCCACCUCAGCAGUGACCUGUGGUGCAUCAAAUACCUGCACAGGUUCCAGUGGUGCCACCUGAGCGAGCGGCUGGCGUACGAGCAGACGGUGUACCAGCAGCGCAUGAGGACGGAGAUCUCGCAGGCCAAGCGCGAGACCAACUUCUACCUGGCCAGUGUGGAGAAGAGCCAGACCCUGGACAGGCUGAGGAAGAAGAGGGCGAAGAAAGGCGAGGUGGUGGAGGAGAAGGGCUGGGACUUCACACAGCGGCGCACAGAGGAGGAAAUGAGGCUGGAGCGCAUGAAGAAGAGCGGCCUGUCCAAGAAGAACCUCCUGAAAGCUCAGGAGAAGAGCAAAGCCAUCCAGGAGAAAGCGCAGUCCAAUGUGUCCCUGCUGGCUAAGAUCUUCAGCAGAGGGACUUCACACGACUGAGGCACGUGUUUUCACGUACGUGUUUGUCUGAUUAAAGUCAUAACUGUACACAGACUCUGAGAUCAGACAGAGCGUACGUAUGUUUGUACUAAAGAAAUGAGACUUUACUGUCUGCCUCAAACUGGCAAUUUUGUGAUUGUUGUGUUUCAGUUUAGAUUUUUUCACUCACUGAACUCUGAAUAACCGUGUUUUCUAAUGUAUAAUGUUAUAUUUUUAAUGGAAGCAGCAUCUUUUCUCAAUACAUCAUUGAUAUAUGAACAUAUUGUCAUUUCGCUUCAUGAUAAACAUUCUCCAUUUGUUUAUAAGGACUAAAGUAAUUGGUAGAAUUAUGAAGGAAAUGCAGUUUUACCAGAUUACACUGUAUGUCAUGUUUAUGUGCAAAUGCACUUCUAUGAUUAGUAAUUUGGAGAAAUAAAAAUGAUCACUAGCUUCA